CUGGGGGCGUCGGCCACCUCCUUUGAGGGAGAGGGACACUUAACUUGCCAUCUUACCUUUCUUCUUGCUCCUUUUUAGCACCUGGCGCAGCGCUUUUUGGCUAUUCGCAUACGUUGUCGUCUUCUGUUCACGCCACCUUGUUUUUGUGCGGUAGACUCUGCGACGCACGCUCCAGUUGUUGGGAUUCACGAUUUCUGGGGGACUCGCUGGAGAAGACUGAACUUGGAUGCAGAAGACCGAGGACUGCGAUUCUGGACUCGUACGCGCAGGCGAACUUGGGUCAUCCUAGGCUUCUGAACCCCAGAGCGUGAACCGCGACAAUGGCCGACUACACAUACCAAUCGCUGGCCAACAUGGGGCCACAAGGGCGAUGGCGACGUGUUUUAUUGACCGCUAUGAUACCCAUGGCGCUGGCUUUGGUUUACUUCAGCUAUCCUUCUGCAUACGUCCCGAGCAGCCUUCGGUCACAGUACCCGCACACGCAAAAUGUCUCUCUACCCAAAGAUGACGUCUCGAUGGCGACAAUAAUAAAAGCCCUCUACGGUCCGAUAUUACACCCCAUCGACGCCGCCAACUUUACCGACGAAGAUGGAGACAUAUACAGACUAUCCGGGGAACCAAAAUUCAAGAGCAAGCUAGGCAAGAAGGUGCUUAUAUUGGACAUUGAUAGCCGACCGUUGACGGAUAAGGGUCAGCUUAUGGACCCGCAUUUGAAGUGGAAAGGCAUGCGCUCGUUGAGUGCGGGCAUGCUGGGGCAUUACAUGUUCGCACAAAUACACGGUUACGAUUACAAGUUCAUUCGCGCACCCGAUUACGCCGACCGGUGGGGCACAUGGGUCAAGGUUCCAAUGAUGAAGGAAGCGCUCAAGACCCAUGAAUACAUUGUCUUCAUGGACUCAGACGUCAUGUUCCACUACCCUCACCUGCCUCUCGAGUGGCUGCUCAACUACUGGAACAUGACCGACGAUACCCUUGCCAUGAUGUCUAUCGACCCGAACGAGCCGCAGAACUACGAUGCGAAGGGCAACCGAUACCUCAACACCGGAUUCGUCAUCGCACGACAGAGCAAGAGGACACAAGAGAUGUACAAGGCCUGGGCGGAAUGCCCUUCUGAGACCAAGUACAAGGGCUGCGCGCAUUGGAAGACAGAUUGGGCGCACGAACAAGCCGCCUUUGGAAACUAUCUUCGAUAUGACUACGACCGACCGGACGAUAUCCGUGUUCUCCCUUGCGUCGAAGCCAAUGGCGCACCCGAGGCUGCGAACCGGGGUGGUUGCAAGGGCGUGUUUGUACGACAUUUCUGGGUCGACAAAGGCCUUGUAGCUAAGAACCUGGCGGACAGCGUCAUGCAGUACUUCCUACCGCGAUUGCACGAGGCGUACCUGGGCUCAGCGAGUGAGCACAUCGUGGAUGCAAAGGGGUUCAAGCUUGAAGGUGCGGAGCUGAUUGAGAUGACCGAAGAGGAAAAGGCCGCUGCCAAGAAAGGGAAGGGCAAGAACCAGAAGGACGAAGGGUGGUAGGGCAACUUCGAAUUAAGCGAGAGUCUCUAGGCCUUACCCAAGAUACCUACGUUCGGCGCACGCGCAUCUCAACCUGCUUCACCAAUCUCGGAACCAUCCCAUGCACGAUCCUCAUAUAGCCGUCAUCUACGCCAAUUUUGUAUCAGGCGGGUCUCUCAUGUCGGCGUCCAUCGGCGUCUCAUGUCUUAUCAUUACGUUCUUGUAUAGAAAACCUCUUCAGCAUGUUUUAUCGUCAUAUUAGACUUGGGUGGGACGGACUCAAAAGAGGGGUUCCUUGAUUCAUGUAGGAGCGUCUUUAGGCACGAUUAGCCGAUCUAAAUACCAAUUCUUCACAUUUUCG